AUGUCUGAUAUCCCAAGGAGCAACGAAGAAUGGGCGGCCCAGAUCUCGACGAUCAAGGACCAACUUCCGGAGACGUUUUCCGUGCAUCAGACCCCGGUGCCUUCGGCCAUUAGCCAGACGAUUGAUCACACUCAAUUGGCCCUGGCCGCGACCGAGCAGCAAAUCGACCAGCUAUGCGACGAAGCGUCGAAGUACCGAUUUGCGACGGUUUGCGUACGUUUAAACUACGUCGCCCGGGCUGUCCAGAGACUCCAGGCGUCGCCCGACGUGGGUGUGGCUUGCGUGGUGGGUUUCCACGAGGGCAUGUACGAGACAUCAGAAAAGGAGCAGGAGGCGCGAGAGGCAGUGAAGCAGGGAGCCUCGGAGCUAGAUAUGGUGUUGAAGUACCCGCUCUUGAAGGAAGGGAAAUACACAGAGGUCUACGAGGAUAUUCUGGGGGUGCGCAAGGCGGCGCCCUUGCCCACAAAGCUGAAAGUCAUCUUGGAAACGGCCCAACUCACGCGCGACGAGAUCAUUGCGGGGUCAUUCCUGGCGUGUACGGCCGGCGCGGACUUCAUCAAGACCAGCACCGGGUUCAACGGAGCCGGGGCCAAUGUUGACAACGUGGCACUCAUGCGGGCAAUUGCGGACUUGGUGGGCAAGGGAUGCAAGGUGAAGGCUAGUGGAGGGGUGCGGUCGACCGAGGACAGCGUCCGGAUGCUGAAGGCAGGCGCCGAGCGCAUUGGUAGCAGUUCGGGGGUGAAGAUCAUGCAGGAGUUGGGCGGGGAGACGGUGUCGGGCGCAGCAACGGAAGGGUAUUAA